AGGCAACUGAAAAAGAAGUUCCCUAAAUUCAAUCCUUUUCGCAAAACUGACAGAACGAUCCCAAAAUUCACAGGAAAGGCCAGGAGGAGCAGCCUCCAGCAGAAAGGAUCCAAAAAGUCGGUCGUACAAAUGAAGCUCCUGGAGAAGUACUGURCCAGACUUCUCAGCUGUGAGCCGAAUGUGACGCAGAGUUCAGAGGUCAUGCGCUUUUUCACUCCCAAAGACCACGACCUGCAGCCGGACUUCACCAAGAACACUGUCAUGAUCAUGAUGGCGGAUGACCUGACGAGCGGGGACCACGGGCACAGUGGCAUUCGUCAUUCCAUGGGAAAUGUCACCCACCCGUUUGUCACCCAGACGUUCCGCUGCGUGGCACCAUACGAGACCAAGGACACCAAAAACAAGCCGUUUAAGGUUGCCAUGAACGAGAAGCUGGACGUCCUGAUCAAAGAUCCUGCAGGUUGGUGGCUCGUGGAAAACGAGAGCAAGAAGCUGGCAUGGUUUCCUGCUCCCUACCURGAGGUUCURGAUGAUGAUGAKGAGGARGAGGAUGAAUACCUGGGAGGUUCUCUGUACUGUGCCGUGAAGAAUUACUCCACAAAGAUGGUAGAUGAGGUGUCUGUAUCCAUCGGUUCUGUGGUGGAGGUGCUGAGGAAGUCUGAAGAUGGCUGGUGGCUSAUCAGGUUCAAUGGCAAGGUUGGCUAUGUCCCAUCUAUGUUCCUGCAACCGUACAACAACCCACGGGCGGGGCUUCAUGGCCUGCACAGGAAGAUACACAGUUCCUCCCUGAACCUGGCAUCCAGCAGAGAACCUCAGGCUCCUUCGCCACCAACAAUCGUUGAAGAAAACAACUCCCAACAYGACUAUGAGGUUCCCUCCAGACAGGAGUCCAGAGUCUCAGCUCGUUUCCAAAGAGCCCAAUCCCUGGAUGUUCUCUCUGAGUCCUGGCUGCAGACCCACGCAGAAAGAGACGCCUCCACGUCAGAUGGCACCAACUCGAUCUUCUCCAGCGUUUCCUCCGGCAGYGAUUCCGAUUUGAAUUUUGAAGCUGAGCCAGAGAGCCCCACAGGCCAGCCUGAAGUCAGUCCCAGUUCAGGCAGCAGCUCCGACCUCAGUCUCUCUGAUCGCUGCAGCUCCAACACCAGCACCGACUCCAAAUCCGACUCCGGCACCUGCACAGACUCCAGCGCCAGAUCUGAGAGCACAGAGCCUGCCAGGUCCRACAAGAACGAGGCAGCCUCAAGAGCUCCGAGAGUUCCUCCGAGACCUAAGGCCCAAGAGAUCUUGACYCGCUGCACCUCCAUGACACGCAAGGCCGCCAUGGUCAACCGAACCCUCCUUCAGGGUCUGCCACAGCCCAUCCAGAGCCGUUAGGGAAAACAGAACUGGUUCUGUUCCAUAAGAGUUUUUAAACCUGGUUAAAUUACAUACACACUGUGUAAUAUAAAACAUGGAACAAACUAAAUCUUUCAACGUUCAACACUGAUAAUGUAUUUUUUAUCCUAUAUUUCACAAUGAUGUCGAAAGAAUUCGACAUAGAAAAAAAAACCCAACAAAUGUCAAUUGAUGUUCAUUUUGUUUUAAUGAGCCAAGGCAUCUUAAGCUUGCRUAUUAAAGACAUAGCUUCAGUGAAGCAUUAAAAGGCGUGGCAUGAAGGAAAUCUAUGUAAUCCUUAUAGUAAGCAAAUGCUUUUUUUUAUACAAAUGAAGGAAGCUUUAAUGGGAAGAUGGGACUGAAAGAAGUUCUAAAUGUAAUGACAGCUAUAAAUUCUCUAUUUCUUUGAUUUUCACAACUCACUACGGACGUGAUAUGAAUGACAUUUGUAAUUUUUUUCUUGUCAUUUGUUUCUCAUUGUAAUGUAUUUUACAGUACAUUUAAUAUUUUUGUAUACUGUGUUUAAACAGUUYGUUUUGCUGCACGUUGCUGUCACACAAGUGAUAACCUCAACUCUGUUUUACAUUGACUAUGUUAUCAAGUCCUUCAUUGUGUUAUAACUUGUAUCUGAAAUGUCUGUACGUGAUGAAUAAUCAGUUCAAUAAACUCUAAUYUAAACUUAA